AUGGAUGUAUUUACUGAACAGAUUUCACGUUAUGUGGGGACCAGUCAUGCCCAAAGGGCCGUAGACCGAAUCUCCGGCAUCGAUUCCCGGUUUAAUAAUGUUAUGCAGACAGGCUUUCUACCAGAAAAUGGCUUUUCUGAAGUUGAAAUCGAGUCGAUCAUUAAUAGACUUUCUCUAAUGGACUCCAACAACUGGUUGCAUUCCACAGGUGUUGGCGAACGUGAGGGUCGCAUUCUACUCGACCUUGUUCGACGUCGUCACUUUGGACUUGCACAUGGGAUUGGCCGUUCUGGUGAUAUUACUGCUAUUCAGCCGAAAGCUCCCGGUUCAAGUCUCAUUAAUCGGCUUUGUAACUCGAUGCUGUUGGAUUGGCUUAGGCGUUCCGGUGCGCCGAGCACGGAAGCUUGCCUACUUGUUCCAAUGGCAACUGGUAUGACGCUAACGUUUUGCCUCUUAACACUGAAAAAGCAUCGUGGUCCUCAAGCGAAGUAUGUGAUUUGGCCGAGAAUCGACCAGAAAUCCUGUCUCAAAUGUAUCUCAGCUGCUGGCUUGAUUCCAAUUCCCAUUGAGCCAACUCAAACCGCAGGUAGAAAUAAAAAGAAUAAGAAGAAGAAGGGUGUUAAGGGCAGUGGUGAAGACAAGGUGGAAAAAGAGGAUUCAGAGGAGGAGGAGGAGGAGCAGUACGCCGACCAACUCUCCUCAAACAUAGCUGAGAUCGAUAAGGCUAUGAUCGAUCCGGAAUCUGUCCUUGAAGCCAGAGAGGACUUGUUUGUUCCGAAUAAUAAUAGGGAAAAACGACCCGGACCUGAAUCGAUUGUCUGUGUUCUCACAACUACAAGCUGCUUUUCUCCACGGGUUCCUGAUCGUUUACCGGCAAUAACACGACUGUGCAGGAAGUACGGGAAUAUUCCACACUUGGUGAACAAUGCCUAUGGAGUACAAUCGAAGCGCUGCAUGGGUCUAAUUGAAUGCGCCUGGACUGAGGUCAAGUCAACCCACUCGGAGGGAAAUUCUACGCAAUCUCCUUCUCCUCCACUGGAUCUCCUCUACGUUCAAUCGACAGACAAGAAUCUUAUGAUCCCGGUUGGCGGGGCUAUAAUCGCAGGAUUUUCGAAAGAUCUGAUCAAGGAGAUUGCUGAAUCUUAUCCAGGCAAGUGUGCUGGCAGAGCAUCAGGUACUCCCUCUCUGGACGUCUUCGCCACUCUUCUUCAUCUUGGAAGACGGGGUUGGGAGGAUCUCUGCUCCAAGCAGGAGAUUUGCUACGCCAAACUUGCCGAAGGUUUAAAGGGACUUGCUGAUAAACACGGUCUACGCCUCAUGAAUACCCCCGAAAACUCCAUAUCCCUUGCUCUUUCACUCAAAUCCCUACAUACUACAGGUGAGAAUGAUGUCGCCAUUGAUCCAGAACUAUUAACUCAGAUAGGAUCAAGAUUAUUCACUCAGGGAUGCUCUGGAGUUCGAGUAGUUGUGCCUGCCUCGAUGGAAAAACACUUUAACAUAGCACCUAAGUGUGUAGGCGGGGUAACAUUGGUGGGCUUCAAUUCGCAUAGCUGUGUGUCAAAAGAAGCCUACCUGAAUGCUGCAGCAGCUUUGGGUCAAACACCCGAAGAAAUUGACCUCUUUUUAACUCGUCUGGACAAAGCCCUUACCGCAUUCAGACGACAACUAGAGAAGAAAUCAAUCCAACUCCUUCCCCAGCCAAUUUCAUAA